CAGUCUACCACUACCCCCUCUUAAAAAUCUCGGUUAGGGUUUUAGUAUUGGUUUGGCCUCUCUCCAGUUCUGCGAAAGAGACAACAAUGGCGAAGAACAGAAACAAAAAGAAGAAUGCCGAUAAAGCUCCAAUGGAUACCACCGAAACAACCGUCACCGAUUUACCUCAAGCUAUGGAUACAUCGGAAUCAGCAGCUAGGGUGUCCAAUUCUCUUACCAGGAAGGUAAAGGGGAUUCAAAUGAAGAGUUCAAAGAAUGUGAGAAAGAAGAAAGCUAUUGAAAAAGCGAUUGCAAAGGAUGAGAAGCAUUUGGAAAAAGCUACGAAGCUUGAAACAAAGAGAAUGAGAGUUCAUUCUGCAAAGUCCCUGUAUGACUGACUUGCUAGAUAUUAUACAUGGACGUCUUACAAAAAACAUGAGCUCGAAAUACACAAUGUCAUCUCAUUUCGCCAUUUGCACUGGCCAAAUUAUAUGCGCUACAAUUUUGGGCGAAGUCGGGUAUACAUUGAUAUAGGAACCUAGAUUUUUGUCCGAAUCCAAGGGAUCCGAUUUACUGUAUAGUAAUCGUUAUAGCAUGAACUUGUUGCAAAGUUUCAUCGCUGUUUAGAGCAAGUUUGAUUCCUUUUAACGAGGGGUAAUGUUGCAUUUUUUUUUACUAUACGAUCUAGAUAUACUUCUCUUUGACUAUUUCAUGGAACAUGUCUGUAUUUUCAAUUUUAGGUGCAAUUGUUUCUA